GUACCGUUACCGUUAAUCGUGAAGUGAUCCGGGAAUUCGCCAAGAGAAUACCAUACCUGAAACGCGUAGCAGCACCCUUUUUUGUUCAGUGUUCUUCAGUUUUUUGUUCAGUGUGCAGUUUGCCAUUCCCAGUGGCCAUGAUUCCCUGGAUUUGCCUAAGCGCUGCCAUCGUGCUCAUCCUGUGCCCCCUGCACACAUCCUCGCGCAGCUACAGCAACGGUCUGAUCUUCUACGAACUGAAGACCCACCGACCCUACCUUCCGCCCACGGUCAGCGUGUCCAGGGGCCGCAAUCUGGCCAGCGUCAAGUACUCUGAGAAGGGGUCCAUCUGGUCCACCUUUGGCCAGCCCUGCGAGUGCAGCGGACCCACCUGCGGAUGCUGCGCCGGUCUCAAGGUCGAUCAAUACCGAUUCGAUCAGAAAGUGUGCGCCAACGUGAGCUUCGUGCCGCAUCUGGAGGAGGCCCAACUGGAGGUCUUUCUUAAUGGCAGGCCCUCCUCGAAGUACGGAAUCUCGGUGCGCAAUCCGGCGCCCUUCUGCAUUCCCGUCAUGAUGGGUGUACCGAUGGCCAUGUGCGUUCAAAUGACCGACGUCACAGUGGUUGAGAACAACCUAAACAUGUGCAUGGACUUUGUGGUUCGGAUGGCCACCACCGAUCUCUUCGAGAUGCAUUUCCAGUGCAUGCGAAUGGGUCUGGAUGGUCUGCAGUAUGUGGACAAGAAUGGCAAUCCCGUACUGCCGGUGGGAGAUGGCCAGAGCGACGAUCCGGAGGAGUACGAGUACGCCGAGCUGGAGGAUCAACCAGAAGAGUAUCCCUAUCAAGAGGAUGUCAAGGAGGAGGCUCCAACACAGAGUUAUCAGUCAGAUAACAAUCUGCAGCAGAUGAACACAACACUGACCACUGGUCAGGUUGAAGAGGAUGAGAAGGAGGAUAAUCAAUCAAUGGGUUAUCAACCUCUUAUCAUAAAUAAUCAAGCACAGAAGAUUGAGCCUCAAUUAAAUCUAGAAGAAUUAAGCUACCAACCUCAGAAGAAUCAAACACUAAGCGAGCCAUCUAAACAAAAUCAGGUGGAGAAGGAGGAGGGUACACAAAACGAAGAAUCAGGUUAUCAAACACUAGGUCAAAUUAAGGUUGAAGACCAAAAAGAAGAAAAGCCUGCGGAAAAACAACCAGAGAUUCAACAGCCUUCAGAAAAUACGUUGGAUGAAAAGGAACCGAUGGGCUAUCAACCCCCGGUGGCGAUGGAUCCCCACAAAGUUCCAGAAGAACAGCAUCUAUCCGAGGAUCUUCAAGAAGAGGAGGAGAAGACUUUAGAGAGCGAGGGAGAUCACCAGGAGGACGAAGAACUCGAAGAUGUGGAGCCCCUUCCAAUCGAAAGUGAAAUGCUGAUGGCCAGCGAUCAGUCAGAAGAAGCACCUCUCGAAGAAGAGGCCGAAGAAACGCCAGCUGAAGACGCGAAAGAGACGGCAGCAGAGGCGGCGGAGAAAGAGAAAGAGACGGAGACAGACUCUCAGCAAGAGACACCUGACAAUGACAAUGGUUAUGGGGAGAGUGGCCCGAGGCCAAGUCAGGUAAUUGAAACAAUUACCAAUUCAAUAAAAGCCACUGAAGCGCCCACAACAACAACAACAGCCACAAUAACGAAAAUACCAACAACAACGACAAAAAUACCGACAACAGCUACGACAUUUAACAAGCCAAACAUUGGUAUUGAUGACACAAACAAUGGGGAGAAGACAGAAGAAGCAGAGGGUGAGAAGACAGUAGAAGAGCCAGAGAAAGAGGGCGAGACAUCUGAGGAAGGGGAGGCAGAAGACGACGAAGAAGACUCGACAACAGUGGCUGUUGAAAUGGAAAACGAUAGUGAUAAUGAGAUAAACGUGGACGAUGAUGAUGAGGUGGAGAAAAAAAACCGGGUGAAGGAACCCCCAAGCCAGGCGAAGAAGGGGGAGACGAAACAGGAAGAGGGAGCGGAAGAAAAGGCCGAAGAGGGCGUGCAGAAGGAGGAGAGAGAGCCGGAGAAAGAGGUGAAGGCAAGUCAUGAAGAAAAGGUCAAUCCAGCCGCUGAAGAAGAUGAAGAUAAGGAAGAAGAAGGAGAAGAUGGGGAGGAUGAAGAGGAAGAGGGAGAGGAAGAUGAAGACGACGAGGAGGAAGAAGAAGAGGAGGACGAUGAAAAGGAAGAAGGCGAGGCAGACGCUGCAGAAGAAUCCGCUGAUUCCGCAGCAAAGCCCGAAGAAAGCGCUGUGAAAAUUGAUGAAAACGGCAACGGCUAUGAAAAUGCCUAUGCAAAUGCGAAUGAAAAUGCAAGUGGAAAUGCAUAUGGAAAUGCAAAUGCGACGCCGGCAGCGAAGUCGUUGUCCCGACGUCGCCGUCUGCGCACCCGCCGCCUGCCGCGCCCCCUGAGGAAACACCAUUAGGCCCCACUCCUUAGCUUAAUCUAUUGUAAUUCGUAAUUGUUAAUGAAUUGUUAAUGCUAAACGUUGAAGCCUGUUAAUUAAUACGUAUUUAUUGUAUUUAUUGAAACCAACUCAAAGCCAAACUCAAGCGAAAUAAACGUUAAUUGUAAUUUAA